GUACUUCUCCCCCCGCCCGUUUUCGCCCUAUAGCACCGAAACUGACGGCAGCAAUGGAACAUGACUUUGCUCCUUGUGUCUGUUCGGUCAACAGGGGAGGGUUUGGAGUUUCCAGGGUUCCUAUCGACCUUGCGCUGGCGGUGACGAUCUGGCGCCUGGCAUGUCCGACGACGCUGAUCCGGGACCGGCUCUUUUGGGGGAUAGCGGAACAGAUGAUAUGCGAUAUCUUCAACCUCACCAUCGAAGCGAUCUUUGAUCGCUGGGGUCACCUGGUAAACCAGCUGCAACAUGAUGCAAUUCUAUCAAAGAUAGAUAUGGGCUUUGUCGACGGCACUAUUCGCGCGAUCUCGCGACCUAAGCGUAAUCAGAGAUUGUGGUACAAUGGUUGGAAGCGAAAGCACGCGUUGAAGUAUCAAGCGAUCGACACCCCCGAUGGGAUAAUUCGCAUGCUUUGGGGUCCCAUACUCGGGCGUCGCCACGAUGUCGCCAUGGUAGGGGAAAGUGGUCUGCUGCAAGAUCUGCAGCAGUGGUUCAACGACGCAGCAGGCACCCCUUACUACGUAUUCGGCGACCCUGCGUACAGCCUUUCGCCCUGGUUGCUGGCGCCGUACAAGGGGGUAUUGAACGCCUUCGAACAGGCCUUCAACACCGCAAUGAGCUCCGUCAGAGUCUCGGUCAAAUGGGGGUUCGGAAAAAUCGUGGCCCUCUGGCCCGCUUGCGGGCUUGGUAAACAGUAUGCGGUCGCCGGCAUUCUGACGAAUUGUCACUCGUCCUUCUACCGCAACAACACUUCUUUCUACUUCGGUGUAAAACCCCCGUCGCUUCGCAGCUACCUGAACGGCGAAGGGUAG